CUCAGGGCAGAGUACCCCUAAUGCCACAACUCGGAACAUAAAAACAUCGACAACUCCCCUGUCUUGCAUAACUGAAACUAUCGGACAUCAUUAAGAACAAAACUUAAACAAAGGUAAAUAUUUACAAACAUUGACAGUUUUUCCUCCGCAGAACGCCUCCAGGAUUCGGGUUCCUCCUUUACCUCGUCUUCAUCUUCCUGAUCGUGGUAGUGCUCCAUCUGACUGGAAUGGAUUUCUUCAGCUUUCUUGACGCCUCUCAACGGUUGGAACUAGUCCGAACGCCUGCCAAGAGUCUAUUCCGAAAUACACACUUUGCUCCAACUCCACGCGUCCGAUAAUGGAUCGAUCCCCGCCAUUCGCCGUCCGGACUGCGGAAAAGUUAUGUUAGACUGUAACUCCCAGCGUUUUCACCAGCUCUCGACAACCAUUGCCCAACAAGCCAGUGAACUGCUUACCCAAGGCCCCGCCAAGGGACCGCUCAGUCGACCGUUUUUAGCGCAAUCGGGACAUUUCGGCGUAAUUACGCCAAGUCUGCCGCACCGGAAACAAAAUCAACUCCACUCCGUAGCCUCGCAAUCCUGGAAUCCGUGCUCCGCAGCACCGCAAUUCCAGCAACCUGGCGUGAAUGGGUUUCGACCACGCCCACGGAGCUCGACCACUUCGAUGUUCCGCUGCUCGUCGACCUCGUCCGGAAUGAAAGCCUCGCUGACCCGCAACUUGCUCUGCUACUCUACUUCGACGCACUCCUCCCAGGACUCGUCCACCGAUGCCAUCCCUAAAGCUCUUCUUGACAACCUUUACCAACUGUCGCGGUGGCAUUUGUUAUUUUAGGCGCGGGACGAGUUGCUGCAUAGUAUGGAUGUAGUCAUCCGCGCUCUCUCCGGGCUGUUGUUCACGCUGUAGCAGCUCGCGCAUUCUGUCGUGUUCCGUCUCCAUCAAUGCCCUGCGCAGCUGCGACCAAGUGUCCAGCCUGGAUGGGCGUACGUGUACCCAAUACCACUCCCUCACUCUGCCCGAUAGGAGGAUAGCAGAAUAUCAUUCCACGGACUCUGAUGCUGCCGCUGCAGGAACUCCAGACGGAACAAGAAAUCCUCCACAGAAUGACCAUCCUCCUCGCCGCCAAAGAAAAGGUUCCAGCGGUCCACUUCGAUUUAGUAGUUUCCGUGUCCGGCUCCCGCGUUGUCAUAUCCUCGCGGAAAUCCACCGUCCUUCGGCCGUGCUUGGCGGUCACUCCUGCCUGCCGGAUGGUACUCCGGUUCCUGGCUCAGGCUACUCUCGAUACCCGGCGAUCCACCGACGGUCGAGGUCGUUGCCUGGGCGGUAAUACCGUCGGUCUUCGGCAGCAUCUCUCCGUCUCCUGCCGCUGACGAGUUCCCACUGGGUCAUUUGAGCCUCCUUCUGGAUCCGACGGAGUGGGCACCCUCGCUUGGCUACUCGCGCCCUUUUGGAGAGGCGGCGGUCUACUUUCGGCUGGCCUAAUACAGUCGUUGAGCAACUUCAUCAUGUCCAUGAAGCCGUUCCUAAUCUCGUCCCUUAACGCCUGGCUGGCUCCCACCUCCUGAGAUUCGCAAGAAAUUUGGGCCGCUUGUGCCAAAGCUGCAUUCAUCGCCGAUUCCGCCGCUGAAUUCUGCUCCAGGUGUUCCUGCGCCUCGACGAUCGCCUUGAAAUCAAGGACCCGGGCCGACCAAUGGUGUACCAGAUCCGCCGGUUCAUCCCUAAUUCGAUCUACCGCCUACCGGCAUACUGGGUAAUUCCCCUUCUUCUUCGGUGGACCACAUCUCGUCCUUUUAUCGACAGGAUAAAUGGGUCCGACCUUAUCUAUCUUUUCCGUUUUUACCCUCGGACAUAUUUUAUUAUUAUUUUCAAAUAAUUAAUGAAUAAUAACUAAUGAAUAAUAUAAAUACGACGAUAAAGAUAACAAAUAAAUAGGAAAAUAAAUAUAAUUAAAAACAAAAUAAAUAAAUAAAUACGACAAUCAAUAAUAGCGAAAAUAAAUAACACUGAAACAAAUCUUCCUCACUACCACUCACUACUUCAAAUUUUUUGUUUCUCCUUUCACAGCUCUGGCCCACCCUCGCCGGUGGGCUUCCGAUC